AUGGACGAAAUCGCAGAGGUCGUUCGACAUAUCGGCCGACAGCAGGCAGAAAACGCGUGCUAUCGUACCUGUUACGCCCUUCUCAAGCAGUUACAAGAUUUAGUCGUGGAAGCAUCCGAGAACCUGAUUCGUCUGCAUCAAGCUGAUCGAACUUUGUCAGCGGAUGAUGAUCUCUAUGCUGUGUAUCAAAUUGCAGAAAAGAUGCGUGGAUCCGUCCGCGAUUUACUUGCCCAAGCACACAACGCCCGGACUACCUACGAAGACAUUUGCCAUUCGGGUUCGGAGAACAUUUAG